GAUGGACGCAUACAGCGCCGACUAAAAGAAACUCACUGGUGGAGCUGGAGGGCUGGGUGCGUUCGUGGGAAAACCCCCAUGGUGUCCCAUCAGCGGACAUAUCCUGGCUAAAAGAGGACACAGAACGAGGCCUGUUCACCGCUGUUCAGAUAUUUAAACACAAAUCUGGUCAGUUAAAGAGGCGACGGGUGAUCAAAUCCGACCGGAUGUGGUUUUAUCCACCUGAACCGCCUCGCUAUGUGAAGGGAGCUGCGCCAACACACCUUUUUUUCCGGAGCCGUGUAUUUGUGUGGCGUCCGGUUGGAGUUUGGCGAUACUCCCUGAAGUGCCCUCGAGGGGAUGACUACGUCGGGCACGGGAGGGAUGUGCACCUCUACAAGUCUGGCUUUCACCACCGGGUACGUCACAUUUGAUGUGUCCGGCUGGUACACAUCGGUCACUGAGGUCCUGUGCUGUGGACCCUGCACAAAGGCCACCAGGAGCGGAGGAGGUGGCACAGUGGGCCGAUGGCUCGCAUGGGACCGUGCUAUUCGAUCUCAACUUAGUGAGGCUCAUCAAGCUCGGUUCCCUGCCGUCCGCACCAGCAAGUGGUCAAGAAGCUGUGUGGGGAAGGUCGCGGUUCACCAGCAUUGGGAACGAGCACUCACAGAUAGUGACCUUUGUGCUGACUUGUGAGGAGUCCACUCCGCGGCUCACGCCCAUGUGCAGUGGAGUCAUGGAGAGGUUCCGGCUGGCCAGUCAGCCUGUCCAGAAGCUCCUCUACGUGGACCGUGGGUGUUGCCGGUCUCAGGGCACAACAGGAGUGCGGCUGGACAUCUUCCACUGGAUCCACAGAUUUGACGCGGAGUCCCACUGUAAGUAUGCAGUGUUCAAGUCUGCUCUAGCUGGGGCAGUUUUGGCCCACAACCGCCCGGACCUGGAGCUGCUCAUGAAAGCCAUCAGAGCCAAGAACCCGGAGAGUCUCGGACGAGGACAUUGUCCGCUGCCACAUCUCCAGGGAUCAGCUCAAGCACCAUGUGAGGAGGGUUACACUCGGUGCUCAGGAGACCUUUCGGCUCAUCCAGCCAUCGAGGAGAUGAAAGGUCCCGUUGGGCUGGACGAGAGCGGAGUUAGCCUCUUCAAAACACCUGAUAUUAAGCGCCCCAUAAAAUAG